AAGAUAAAUCGAUACUUACAUAACAUCUCGGCAAAAUCAACGAUCAUGUCCAGGAACGUCAUCCCCACCGAAGAUGAAGUGAGAAAGGCCGCCAUCGAACUGAAAAAGAGCAACCCUGCUUCCGGCGUCGCCAAAAUCCAAAGCCUCUUACUCGACGCAAAUCCAUCAUGGGCAGUCAGCGAAAAACGCGUCCGAAAGAUCUUGCAAAGCGAGGGGCUCGUCAGAUCGGACGGGACGCCCAGUAGCCACACAACCAACAUCAUCCAUCCGGCUUCUCGUCUGAACAAAAGUCUUGAUGUCGACAAGUGGACCAGUCAGGUGGAAGUCAAGUACUUUGACGCGAUUAAGGGAAAGGGCCUCGUCGCUAAAGAAAAAAUAGCAAAAGGGGAUGUUUUGUGGAAAGAGGAUCCCUUCAUCCUAGCCCCAGAGUGGGAGUUAUAUGAUCUUCAGAAUUCAUCGGAGGCAUGCGCCCUCUGCGCGACCAUCUUCCGCGAGCAUUCCCCGUUGCAUAUAUCCUGCGAGGCCUCCACAACCGCAACUCCAUGUACAGCAAGAUACUGCAACAGACUCUGUCGUGCCCAGGCAGACAGAGUGCACCCUCUCCUUUGUGCCGCACGCAAUCCCGCGUCUGUACCACUCCUUGCAUUCGCAAGAAAUGCGCAGUGGAUGGCCCUGCAUGCUCUCGCGCAGUGUACCAGUCGACUUUUAAUGGCUUCUCAGAAGGAUGCUGCGACGUUCGACCUGGACUGGGAAGUAGUUCAGGGCCUCGCUGAGCUUGGAAUGGAAGAACGUGCUCAGUGUCUUCGCGAACAGGGACUGGAGCCAGAUCGCGAAAAUUGGCGGAAAGCCUUUGAGCUGUACUUACAAGCAUUCAAAGAACCUCGCACCCCUGCAGAACAGAAAAAACUGGCACGCAUCUUGAAGAAGUCAAUUCCCGAAGAUCUACAGAAGGACACCUUCGAAUAUCAGGCCUUCUUACGUGGCUUGGGUCGUAUGAGUCUAAAUCUCGAGGCCCAUGGUGGAUUGUAUAGACUACAUUCUCACCUUAACCACUGUUGCACUCCCAACGUUUCCAUAAGACACUUGGAUCAGCGCACCGCGCUCGCGCGUAUCACGGUGAUCGCAAAGGAGGGAAUCGAAGCAGGACAGGAGCUCCUAAUUACAUAUACUAACCCCCAGAGCAAUCUCAGAGAUCGGCGCCGAAGAUUAUCAGAGUGGGGUUUCGGACCUUGCCGGUGCGACCGUUGUGUGGCGGAAGAGAAGGUUUGGAAGGACUCGGAUAAGAACACACAGGACGCGGACGAUCUCGUAGAUCAGCUCAAAGCCGGCCUAGGAGUGUUAUAGGAAGAAGGCUUCAUUAAAUGAUCAGCGAUUAGGAUUAAGUUCCGUUCUGUGCGGCAAGCGUUCGUGAUGCCCGUGCUCUUCUUUUGCAGGCGUGUUGAGGUCAUCGUCCCGACCAUCUGGCUCCGCCGUCGUCAUCGCAGGAAUUCACAACGA